AUCGGUAGGAAGAACCGAUUGUCGCUCAGAUUCGACCCACGGGGAUUUCCGUUUCAUUUGCAGGGUGGAGAGGUUAUGACGAUAGCUCAGAUCGGGAGUUUGUUGGUCCUUGUUCGUGGCUCCCAAGGAGCUUCCAGGCUUCUAAACGAUGUUUUCUGGGUUUUUUCCUGAAACAAGCCCCGCUUGAUAUUUGGGGGAGUGUGGGAACCAAAACAACAACCACCACCCGUGAAGAGGAAAAAAAAAAAAACCGUCAACCGGUCGGCCCGGUGGGACCAAGAAUGGAACUAAUGGAUCGAGUGGAUGUCAAGACGUUCUCGAAGAUUGAAGACCAAAAUCCUUCGAUCACGGCCAUGCCCGGUCAGAGUGAUCGGCAUAUUGACCGUGGUCUCGUCCCUCGUGCAAGUUAUUCAACUUCCUUAUGUGGUGUGUUCGAAAUCUCAAGCUGAGGAUCCGCACUGGAGUUGGGGAUUGGACGAGAAAGCGUUUCAGAACAACAGGAUGGCCUGCAGCCGCCGGCCAACGCAGCAAGAAAGAAAUGGCUGACAUCUGUCAUCCAAUUAGCCAAGUCCUCCACUUAGCGUUGCGGUGCAUGACAGGCAGGACAGGACCGGACACAAAGGCCCCCAUGGCCAGCAGGUUCAGCUACCAACUCACCAGGGCCUUGGAAACGGGUUUGGUCCAACCGGUGGACACAGAUGGACACAGAUCGGCCGCACUGGGGCCCCUGCGAUCGACUAAGACCUAGGAAGGACUAGGGGGAGCCCAAGACGCGAUCCCAGCCAGCCCUGAGCCCGAGACGAGAAGUGUGGGGAAUUCUGGAUCGCAUGGCUUCGCCCAAUUUCCCUGUCCCCUCAGCCACUGAGCGGCCUUCGAGCGGACCAGUCCGUAAAGGAGCAGCAUUUCCGGGUGAAAGUCUGGGAAAGGUCCCAAGGUUCCGAAAGGUCAGUGGACCUGUCGAGCAGUCAGAAAGUCCAUCAAGUCAGAAACAUCAACCGUUUUAGGAUGACCCCAUUGACAGGAAGACCGCUUGGGAUUAUUAAUAGCGCCAGUAGGGGCCAAGGCCGGUUCGAAGGAACACGAGCAAAGUAAUCGCUAAGCUGCAAUGUGAGCCGCAAGGGAUGAGCCUCUCUCCCUCACUCUCGAUUCGUCAAUCGUGGUUGCAAUCAUCCGCAAGGAUCGUGCGUCGUGGUGGUUGCAGUUGCAGGAGCAGGAGCAGGAGCAGGAGGAAAAUCGGGGGAUUUUAUCCAGAGAACGAGGGGAAAAGGUUGAAGAAGCAAGAUGAUUGCAUUGUUGUAGAAGGAGACGGACUAGAUUCUGGUGUAGAUGUGAUUGUUGUGAUUAUCUAGACCACCACCUCCCGAUUGUUAUGAUUUCCCAAUCUUUUUCUCUCUCUCCCUCGUUACUCCGUUACUCCUCCCCCCUUGUCAUCCUCAGAUUGAGACGAACCAGUAGUAACUCUACCGGGGUACCUGACGACUAUUAUUGAUUCCCUCCUCGCGUGUGUUGCCCUCCCGAUUUGCCCAGAACCAGCUGAGUUUAGCGUUAAUCCUCCGACUCGCCUUGUUAUUGUUGACUCCAAAACUCCACUUCCCACCCCCUCCCCAAGUCGUCAUCGACUUCUUCCUCCCUUUUCCAACGGCCCUGAAGGAAUUCCGACCACAACGGGAAAAGAGGGUUUCGCUCGUUCACCCUCAUUCCUCGUUCAAAUCUAAAUCUUUCGGCCCUUGAGUCCCUGACGCCUACGAAAGGGAACCCCCCAAAAGGAGAUCUCGCUCUCCCAGAUCCCCCAUCUUUGUUGAUCUCACUUCCCCUCGAGGAUCGGUGUUACUUUCCCUUCCAACCCCAAAAAAGCCUCAGCCGCACCCACUUCCCCCGAAGCCUAUCCUUGAUCACACCAAAUGGGAUGUUCUUCGCAACGGUUCUCGACCCUUUGGAGCUGAGUUGGAGGGUGCUUGACACGCUUCACGGCAUCCUCCUUUGAGGAUGGAUCACAUAUCGACGCUCUGUGCCCUCAGCACAGUAGGAAUAGCCACUUCUGGACUGGCUCUGGGUCGCAUCGAACGCUCCAAGUCUAGCAUCUUCCGUCGAAAGACCUUCUCCUACAAUCAAGCUCCUCCCACUCCUUCAGAACAAUCGACCCCGGCCAACCUGCGCCCCAAGACUUCACGAUCGGCUCGACCAACCACGGCAGGACCAGACUGGACACACUUCUCAGAAAAAGCGAUCGACGGUCAGGAUGGUCCAGCUCGAGGUUCGUUGCAGGGCCCCGAUCUGCGCAGGGCAUCCAUGUCCUUCAGCGCGGCCAGACGUCGCCGUCGCGGCCAAACAAUGAGCAACCCGCCCUUGCGCAUCCCCGAAAAUGAACCCGCGGAGUCGACCACUUCUCAAGAGUCCCACUCACGCCGUCCCUCGACAAGUUGGCUGCGUCGACUCUCAAUGGUGUCCUUCCAAACGGAGAGUCCGUCAACUGACAGCCCCGUCACACCGUCCUUUAAUGGGUCGGCGAGCCCAAUCCUUCCUCGUCCGUCCAGCUCACGCCGAGCACCCAACAAAUUAGUGAAGCGCUCGUCUUCACAACAUACUAAUGCUAAUCCUCUCUUUAUCAAUACGUCCGUGUCCCCGGCAUCGGCCCUUCGCAGACCGGUGACUAGCCACCAGCGGUCCGAGUCGAUGCGCCUGCAGUCCCCUCUCACAAUGGACUUUGGAACCCGCUUCUCAGAUAAUUACUCCAUGGAAUCCCCCACGACAGAAGAGUUUGACAUACACCUGCAAACUGACUGGAGGCCAUAUCUGCUCCCAAAAUCAGAGGGCUUGCCAGAGAGAUUGGCCCGUCGGCUAUCUACCACCGCAAGCCCCAAACCUCCGGGCGUGCGACGGAUCAUAUCCGAGCCUGAUACGCUUCCUGCUUUGGUGCUGGCAACCACAAUCACCUCUAGGGCAUCGCCGUCGCGAGAUGACCAAUCGGCGCCCGUUACUCCAAUGUUGUUCCGUAAUCCCUUCCAGACGGAACCGACAGCUGCCGUUGCUUCUACUACUGCACUUUCGCCCGGGUCAGCACCUAUGCCACAGGCGCCCGAAUCACUGGUACCAAUAUCACCUCCGCCGCCCGAGAAACAGGCCCACAAGCAUUCGUUCUCACUAAAUGAUGUCGAACCGAAAAAAAUCCUCGUUAACACGGUGACGGCUUCGGGGACUCCGAUCCCCGGCCGUGCUCGUGCUGGGUCUCUGAAGCGGGUCAAGGGUAGGACAUUCUCUAUCCCUCGAGCAGAGCUCGCGAAAUUGCACAGCGUAGUUCCAAGUCCUCCACCAGCCCCUCAGCGGCGUAAUAUCACCGAUCCCUCUAUUUUCCGCCGUCCAUUCGUUCUUUCGCCACCUGCACUGGCAAUUUCGACGUUUGGUAGGGAUCAUCUCAUGGCUCCUCGUUCGGUCUCCCAGGAUUACAACAUUGGUAUGCGUGGUCAGCGUCCUCUCACGUCUGAUGCCGUUGCUCUGUCUACAUGGCAGCAUUCCACUCGUUCAGAUAGUUAUACGUUCUCAUCUCUUCGCCGUCGACCGAAACGACACUCCAUUGCAGCUUCAGAUCCCUCGUCCACCGUCAUCGGUUCUGAUGACACCCGUGUCUUCACUUCGGGCGAUGAAUAUGAGACUGAUAUCAUGACUGACUACUGGGAUUCGAUUCGCACCCGAGAGACAAGUGGCGGUGGGUUGAAAGGACUACACAUUGAGACGAUGUUUGACAAAGCGGGGUCACGUCUGUCGAAUGAGGAAGUCACAACACUCGAGGACCUCCUCCCACGUGGUACCUUCGCCUCGCGUCUGGAACAGGAAACUCCUCUGUUCCCCGACUCUCUCGUCCCCUCUGUGGCUCAGGUCCGUCUGAACGAUGAGUCCUGGAUUUCGGAGGGUGAUGAAGAAGCUGCAAGCAUGAUUGGUGCACUUCCUGGUGAGCCGAAUGGUCCCCCAGCGCGAUCUACGCUCCCUGGCUCGUUGUCCGAUCCCCCAGUCGGACACGCCGCUUCUUCGUCUGUGAACCCUCAGCCGAGCUCGCCCGUUGCCGAGUCAUACAUGAGCCAGAAAAUGAACAUUUUUGACUGGUCUGAGCAAGCCCGCCCUGAUCGUGAUGCGGCGGAUACCGAGGCACGCCCGCGGACGAUGCAUGGAAAGCAAAGUGGCGUUGACAGAGGAAGUCGUGCGGCUUGUCGAAAGGUACCCUCGUCUAUUCACCUUCGGAGUCAGAGUGUACCGGUGGCAAGAGAGCUCCCUACGAGUGAAAGUCGUCAGCCAUCUGGGAAAUUCGGCACCUGGGGGUUGGGAUCGAAGGGGGUGAGCGAGGAUUGGGACAGCGACUUUGACUUUGACGACAGUGAAGAGCCCGCGGCAAGCAACGAUACAUCGAGCUCCGAGCCCGAAGCUGCUCCUCAGAGCAUGAUGGUGCCCAAGGCUAUUCUUGAACGGCAGGCAAGCCUUCGAGGCCAGUUUGGUCAGGUUCAGGAGCUCACACUACUGGUCGAAGAACUCAAGCGGCUUCGGCACCAGGCGAGUGUCUUGGAUCUUGUGACCGGCCCAUCAAGUGAACUGUGGAAAGAGGCAGAAGGAAUCGUUAACCUGGCAACCAUUGACGAUGACGAGGACCGCCGGUCUCCUCCCGGAUCACCAUCUUCGCUGACUUUCAGCUUCGAUGACUCGGACGACGAAGGUAUUAGCAGUGCAUCCAAACGCAACAGUGAUAACUCCUGGCAAGGAGGACUCCAGCCAAAUACAGAGUCACAACCCGCACCACCCAAGCAAAGCAAGGAGAAUCAACCGAUUGGCUCCUGGCAAAGCAACGCGCAACAUGAAACCCGGCUCUAUAAUCCUACAUUUGGCCAACUUUCCAAGAACUCUCCAAGAUCAAAGUCGGUUCUCGAUAUUCUACAACCCAGUCGCCAUACCGAGGACUCUGCUCUAGCUCCAGCUCCACGCACUCAGAAACUUCCCUUUGAUACCCAAUCUCUUCGCGAUCUUGUUGUCCGAGCUGGUGUGGUCACACGUGCCUUGAAGGAAGUCAUCCGCAAGGCUGAAGGUGUUGAUUCGAGCCCACAAGAUGUGUUUCCCUCCGACCCUCCUUUCCGACGGAUUUUUGACCAACCACAUGAUGACCUGGCAAGCUUCGAGGCUGCCUUGGCAGAGAUGCAUUGAUCAGGCUUUCGUAUGCCUUCUGCAACGUCCUGACCAAGACCCAUGUCUUGCUCCCUCUCCUUUUUCCCUCCGUUUGAUUGAUAUGCGGCUACAAAACCAGCAUAAGAAGUUCAUGCAUGGCACCGUCAUACGAUUCUCUCAUUCUACCAUCUUCUCUAUUCUUAUUCCCCUGGACAAAAUUUUCUUUGUGUUCUUCUCCUCUGGCUCUCCUUAGAGCGAACGAUUUCCAUAUCCGUUCCAUUCAGGCGUCAACAAAAAGCCAUUGCAUCUCUGUACAACUUUUGCUUCUUGUACAUCGCUGACCAAAUACUCCUUUUCCUUCUGUUUGAAUCCUGUUCUCUCAUAUCCGGGCUAAACUGUACGCCCACUUCUUGUACGAGCAACAUACUGGGGGGUCCACGUCAUUAAUUCUUAUUUCCUUUCUUUCUCCGUUUUCUCCCUGUUUCCAGUCCUCCUUCCAGCGCCUUGCCCACUUUCCUUUUUCUGUUCUCUGCUGCAUAUAAAUGCGCAGCUCAUAUCCUCAUUAAUUGCGCUGUAAUAAUCGUGGAAGGGGGGCUCCGAGCUUGUGAUGAUGUUUGCAAAGACCCUGCCAGACGAAGAGCAAUGAGUUUCAAUGUCAUGCAUUUUAUUUUGUUUGCCAGGCUUCGGCCUGGUGACAGGAGCAUUUUUCAAGAACCGGUUCUUGAGUAUUGUAUUUGAGAUUUUUAAGAUAUGGAAUACGCUUGCAUUGGAUCAAAAGAAAAUUCCUCACACAUUGACUCGAUGAUUGGAUUUCAGAUACUGCAAUGGUUCGAAGUUCUCAACACCGGUCAAGACAUUACGAGUAGAGGGGUGGAAUGGUGGUCUCAUCAUGGAAGCGCUGUUGAUAACCUCGAG